AUGUCUGACCGACUCUACACAUUCUCCCCGGAUACUAAGGAGAAGCUGCGCAAGUUUCGUCUUACUACCUCGCGCGCGAAAGAUCCUCAAGCUAUAAUCUAUAUUAUCGAUGCAAAGACCACAGAGAUCAGGCCUGAGGAUGGAGAAGUCUACACCAGGAUGGAAGAUGUUGCCGAUGAGCUGCCCGAGUCCUCUCCCCGCUUCAUUCUUCUCAGCCACCCGCUGACAUUGAAAGACGGCCGCCUCUCUGUUCCAUACGUUCUCCUCUAUUGGCUUCCCGAGAACUGCAACCCAAACCAACGAAUGAUGUACGCCGGCGCCGUGGAAGUGAUGCGUAAUACCGCCGAGGUGAACCGCGUGGUGGAGGUCGAGAGUGACGAGGACAUUACCUCGAUCGCGACACGGUUGGCAAACUCCGAGUAA